CCUUGCUAUGGGCUAGUCGCACGCAGGUCUAAAUCCGGUGAGAAAAUUUGUCAUCGCACGUGUGUGUGUAUGUGAGACGGGAGGAGAGAGCGGCGGCAGUUAUCCUUCUCCAGGAUGUGCGCCAUAAAUGCCAAAUUUUCGCAAAAACAACAAUAAGAGUGCCACCCAAUUUUUUUUUCGCUCGGGAAAACUGCUGCUCCCCCAGAACAAGCAGGUGUGUGCGUGUGUGUGUGCGUGUCCAGGACACUGGUGAGAUAGUGGAGAGCAUCGAGCAGAGCGCGGUAAAUGGAAGUGUCUCCCCGUGGCUCGGGAAAAACGGGUCAGUUAGUAUCAUCGUGUUCACGCUCGGAGAAGAAAGUGUUUUCCGCCAGGAGCGGUCGAUCGCGUUGUCGUGCUGUUGAUUGUAUGAUUUACUAGUCUGCGAGAAAACUGGAACCAGGAAGCUGUGUGACUGCUUGUCCUGUCGUGGAAAUUUACUCCCUUUUUUCCUGUGCAGUGGAAAAGGCGGCGGUGGACAAUCGGUUCUCGUGUACCUGAUUGGAAUUGGGAGGGUGAAAUAGUGAUGUGAGCGGUUACGAUAUGCUCAUAAUUGCAAUCCGGAAAUUGUUUCCUGUUACUGGAGAAAAAUUGAUUGAAUGAAUUCGAGAGGUAGGCGGAUUGGCGGUAACCGAAUGUAGUACUACGAUGUGACAACGGCCCGUCUCUAUCGGUAUUCCACGAGAGCGUGUGUGUGUGUGCUCUGUAAGUGUGCCACGGGAUACUACAGUCAUGUGUUGGUGUUGUGUUGAUAAGGGAAAAGUGUGAAAACCCAUACAGUGACGUAGGUGAAGGCGCUAUCAGCCUCCAAGGAUACGCUCGAAUCGUUCGCUGGUGUCCGUGUUUUUGUGGAUGGCCUUCUUCGUCUCGCUUGUUGUGACUCGUUUUACUCGGUGGAUCGGAAAGUAAAGCGCUACUUUGUACCCAUCCGAGUGAAAGUGCUUUCCUUUUCAAGUGGCAACAACCAUUGCACCGUCGUUUUUCGCUGUGGUUAAGGAUGAUAGUGUAGUGUCAAGCUUUUCCUGCUAAUCCGUGCAAGUGCAGACAAAGAUUAUACACAAUGGACAGCUCACCGGAUCUGUCCUUAAAGCUACGCCGUGGUUCGAGUGAUUCGCGGGAUUCGUUCUACAUGGAUUUCGCCCAAGGCAUCGAUUCGGAUAUUGAGGAUGUAGUAACGUCGGGGCCAGCCGGUGGUUCCCAGCCGGGAACCAGUGUGGCUACACCGAGCACUCUGGCUCCCAUCACAGCCAGCAGCACGGCAAGCAUUCCAGAUGUGACGGUGCUGUCGGCUUGCGGAACAAGCCACUCGGGAACUGCCAUCAUCCCGGAGGAUUCAGAGGAUACGGAGGAUAUGGAGCUUGAGCCAGUGCCACCGCCUAUGCCAGAUCUCGCGGAUCAUCCGUCGGUGGCAGCCGGAAUGGCUCUGCCCCUGCCUCCGCUGCCGAGUUUGGAUAUAGACGACAGAGACAUCGAAAUACUGCCACAACCGAUAAUGCCAUCUCCGUCAGUGCCCCAGAAUGCCAUCGUGUCUCCGGAGACGUUUAGCAAUCAUUCGUCGCCUGCACAAUCAUCUCAGCAGCUGGCGGCGACUCUUUCGAAAUCCAACGUUGUCCAGCUGGACCUUGAGGCACAGUUACAUCCGCCGCAGUUACCUGAAGAAUUCCCACCUCAGCUAGACGAGUCCCGGAUAAGCUCAUCGCUGGGAACCCAGAGUAAAACCCAUCUCGGAUCUUCCUCGACAUCGUCCGCGUUCCAGCGGGUUCACACACCGACACUCAGUGCUAGGAACCAUCCCGUUGUUAUCGUUCCCGGCACGCCUCCCUCCGCGGUUCCAGGAGUGUUGAGAUCGCCGGCCAGUUUACAGCAACCGAUACCAUCGGGAGGGACCACCACGACUACAACGCAACACUUGGCGGUCCUGUACCACUCCCAUCAUCAUCAUCUGCAUCCCAUCCUGAACACCAGGAGGCCCUCACGAAUGCCAGAACCGGUGUAUUAUCAGCAGCAGCGGGAGAUUAAACCGGGCGAAGCAUUGGCAACGACUCUUUCCGCACUCUACGGGAAGCUGCUUGUGGUGAUGGGGAUCGCCUUUCCGAUGGCAGAGGUCAUCUCCACCUACAUUCCACCUUCGUUCUAUGAGGGUUUUUACUUGUAUCUCUACAUCGGGAGCAUGGUAUUUCUGCUAUUCAUGUAUACAACUCUGCUCUGGGGGAGACCCAAAACUCCCAAUAUAUCGCCAGCGAAAAAACCGACAACUAAAAAAAUUAUCCAUCGGGCCAGCACCACCAGCUCGUCGGACAGUGGCGAACGCUCGGACAGCGAGGGUGAAACGGGUAGUUCCGAGCCCAAGAUUAUGACCAGGCGGAUGUCGCUCUCGUCCGCGGCCGGCUCCAGGAUACAACACUUCGGAAGUUUCUACCUGCGGAUGGGUGCAGUUGCGUUCGGAAUCGGCAGCAUGAUUUACUCGGGACUAGAGUUCGGUCAAUACUUCGAGCUAGAGCGGGACACCAACUGCCACAAUGUGCUGCUGGCGUUGACUCCGGCCACCCGAAUGGCGUUCAUUUUCAUUCAGAUGUAUUUCAUAUUUCUCAACAAUGAGCAAAUCAAAGUCUACCGCCACAAGAUCUUGGCUCGAUUUGGUCUAAUGCAUAUGAUUGGAACCAAUCUGUCGGUGUGGUUUUCGGUGCUGAUUCAGGAGACGAAGCAUGAGAUUUUAACGUUUUACAAUCCGGAGAAUAGAACUCUGCGCAUAUCGCAUCGAUUAGGUCACAAAAUGAUACCCCAUCCGGUCGAGACGGUGGCCCACUUGCGGGUCGCAAGAGGCCUCAAAGGACCCCACAAUAUCUUCGAAUGUCGUCGUUCCAACAUCAUCGGUACGCUUGUGCAGGACGCGUCACCGUUUCUGUUCCCGUGUACGAUCGAGUAUUCCCUUAUUUGUGCUGCCAUUUUGUACGUUAUGUGGCGCAGUAUUAGUCGACCCCAGACGGAGCCUCCCCAGCGACAGGAGAGUGUACAUCCUCUGAAGAGGUCACCCCAUCAUUACUCGGUGGAUUGCGCCGGGGCUCACAAAGGGCUGUUCAUCGGAAUAUUAAUACUGGUGCUAACCAUUAUCUCGUUGAUUUUGUUUUUCGUGUUGAUCUCGCGACCGGAAUUUGUCAGUUUAGCCGUCACGGAGGUCAAUGUCUGCGAGUUGACGCUGUACGGGACGACAACGGCGGCCACAUUGAUCGGGAUGAUCCAAGUGAGACACAUGCAGUACGAUGCGUUCCGGAGUUUCAGCCUGGACGACAUUCUGCUCGUCGGUGGCCAAACCGGAUCGUUCCUCUACAGUACAUUCACGGUGAUAGGUGGCCAGUUUAUGAUGCGACGAGAUACCGUUCUCGUGCUGAUAACAGCUCUCGCUUCGCUGGUGGAAACUGCCUGUCAAACGAUGUUCAUUCUGGACGCUAGCCGACGGUCAGCUGCCACCCAGGAGCACAUGCGAAAGAAGCCGGGACGGGAGAUUGUAACGUUUCUGCUAGUCAGUAAUCUAGCAAUGUGGGCGAUCAACACGUUGGAAAAGUCCCGGGCCGAGUCGCAUCCCAUCCAGCUGCAUUUCUACGGCCUCUGGGCGUGGACAAUCAUUACCCACGUGUCGAUGCCGCUGGCUAUCUUUUACCGGUUCCAUAGCACCGUGUGUCUGUGUGAAAUUUGGAAACGAGCGUACAAAAUGAAACCGGCUUACAUGUAAUCCAAUCCCACCGACCGUUCGAUCUCCCGAGUGGUGGUUCGUAGUAUUAGGGAAGCCAAAACUCGUUCUAUGUGAUUAGGAGUGGUGCUGGGCACCCACCCAAACCGCAAAUACUCGUUCGUUAUACACAUAUACAUUUUCCUAGAAGACAAACCAAAAAAAAGUCGCUCAACUCAAACAUGAAAAGUCUCUCUUACUAAUCCCCAGCUCUAAAUUACUCUUUACUCUGAACCAACGCAAGAAACAAAAAACAUGCGAUUCUCUUAACACUUGUCAAAUAAAUCAUACUCGAACCGUCAUGACUGUAGACUGGAUCUAUCAAUGUUAACCUUGAAAAAAAAAACAAACAAACAAAUUAGUUAAGCGUUAAGCGCGAGGAACGCCAAAUCGAACGAUAUAAUCAAACAAACUACGCUGUCGAAAUUUCGAAUAAUCAACUCUAAGGUGUACCUUGUAGAAUAUAUAUAGUGGAACACAGAUCGCAGGCAAAUCGAUGAUCAAAAGAAGAAAUUCUCAAUUCUAUCCUCCAAUAGCAGCCCACCGGGAAACGGAUGCGAUUUUUCGACGACGGUUUUAAUUACGGACAAACAAACAAACAAACGAAAGGAAUUCACAAGAGUAUUAAAAUUGUAGCUUUUAACGCGUUUUUAAAACAUCUUUUUGAUAGGCAUUUUAGCGUUUUUACAUAAAUAGUCAUCAUAGAGGGGAAAACUUUACUGUCGUGUGAUUAGUUAUUUGCGAAGCUUUGCUGCUGAGAUGAUCUUAAUUGUUGAGGAACCAUAGUUGAAUGUUUUCAAUCACUUGAUUCGUUACGAAUAUUUUGACCAAUAAAAUGUUCUCGCUGUUUUUCUUCAGAUUGCGUUACGAGAACAUCGUAUAUGUAGUUUAGUUGACAGUAAAUUUAUGAAGAAGUUUUGGAAGUAAGCUUGAAUUUCAGUGCAAGUCAUUUUUAGUGUAAACAAUUUUCUUCUAGUGUUGAAAAUGUCCAGUUUGGUUUCAAAGACCAUUUGCGGAUUUUUUUUAAUGCAGAUUUGAUUUUGAAAAAUAUGAAGGCGAAUUAAUUUUUAUUGAGAUUGACCAAGAUCUGCUCUGUCGGAAUCACAAAUAACAGAGACUGGUUUAGGCGCUUUGAAUUUUGGUUUAUUGAAAUAUUUGAGGUCUCCUUCAUCAAAGAAAAGUAGAAGAAGUGCGUUUGAACUAAUUUUUCGAACGUUAAAUACAAGAAAAAAAUAUAGGGGGUUGUUUCAAGGACACGACCGUAUUGUUGACGUAGGACUUAGGCUAUUAUUUUAUUCAAUGUGCCUGUUUAUAACGAAGGAUACUAUUUUAGAAUCCUUCAAAAUGUCAGAAAUAACUGUUUCUUCUUCUUCUGUAGGAGCAUUGUACCACUGCGUUUACGACAAUAUAUUGAUGAUUCAUCCUCUCCCUUGAAAAGCAGUACAUGAGCUGAUCAUAUGUCGUAAUUAGUUUAUUUAUGCCAAUUGAAAAUUUAUCGCGAACGCUAUUCCGAUAAUGUUUUUCGUAUUUGACGAUUGCUUUCUUGCUGCACCAGCACCAUUAUUCAACAUCUCAUAACUACAUUAAUCUAUCUUUGGCACCGCAUGGAAACAACAACAAUCGCAAUACUUGUAAUUAUCAAAUAUCGUGCUCAAUGUUAUUUAGUAUUGCCUCAGAGGAUUUGUACCUCUAGACACCGUUCGUACAACGCAAAUCAACCAGCACCAAACAAGCGUUCAACAUAGCAUGCACACAGAGCCAUACAUUGGCGAUAUAAAUAUAUAAACACUUCUCUAAAUUUUGCCCUAUUUUUAUAAGAAACUCUUUCUGUUAAUAUUACUGGCCUCGAAAAGAGCUGCAUUGCUUUCUCAUGCUUAAGAUUAGCGUAGCUGUCUUUCUUAGUGUAGAAAAUUUUGCUACUAGCACGUGAAACCAAUGCACACGCAAAAUUUCAACACGAAAUUUAUUUUCUUGGUGAGAUGACGAUGGUCUAUGAUGACUCCUCACACAAUUGUGUGGCACAGAACCUUAACGCAUGCUUUGUCAUGCCUCAGUUCAAUGCAACGAUUACAAUGCCAGAGUUACCAGCGAGUUGGAUAUUGGUCGCGUCCACAUCUAGAGGGGGAAUGAAGACAUGUGAUGACCCGAAACAUGCCAAGCGAUGUUCGUUGAUUCGAAUAUAGAAUGAGACUUACAAUUUGCCUCAGCAGAGAUUCACUAUUUGUUGAUCAUAGCAGUUCAUGUUUUAUAUUUACGUGUAACAUGUAGUUGAUUUGCCAGAGUUGAUAAAAUAUUCUUUUUCACAAGUCGUUUGAACCUCAAGCAGUAUCAGUAUUAUAGGGGUUGGUGUCCAAGGCACGACUGCAUUUUUGACGUAGGUAUACGGAAUUGCUUUAUUCAUUUCGUUUGUUUAUCAUUCCGAAGAUUAUUUUAGAAAACAUCGAAAUUUUCGAAUUACCUCCUUAGUAAAAGGCAGAGAUGCCAACCUGCUCUAUUACAUGGGUUUUCAAAUAGUGCUCCGUGGAAAAUUAAUGCUCCACGAAAUAAUAGCAAACGUGCCUUGGAAAAAACCUGUUUUCAAUUCAAUUUCACUGGGUGAUAGCAAAUUCACCUUGUGCACUCCGGCUCAGAUGUCGUGUAACUGCGGCGAAAAACCGAAAUAGAGCUGUUUCCAGUUGGGUAAGGUUAAUGCAAACGGGGUUUGUUUCAUUGAUUUUAAAAAAUGUAGGUGUAGGUUAUUUUUGCUAUAAAAAGUACUCUACCGAUUCGCGACGCGCUUGUUCCGACGACGCAAUGAUGUAUUCAAAUGAUUCGAUCUUAAAAUCAUAUGCCUAUUGUGAUUCUACAAAUUUUUAACGUUACUUAAAAAUUAAGUUGCUUUGGUUAAUGCAUUCAUUUAAUUAUCUGACACAUUCUAACGAAUGUUUAAUGAAGUCAAUGAUUCAUUUAUUCCAUUUAUGACUAACAAAUACAAGGAACAUUUCAAUUGGGGUGAAGGAAAUGUUAACAAUGAUUAGCACGCAAUGUGAUAUUAAUUCAAAUUGUCUGGACACCUAUGAGUUUCAUUUAAACUAGCGGGAUAACGAAGCCUGCGAUGGUUUCGGGUACUGUAUAGAAUCCGUAUAUUUUUUUUCAUUUCGGAGCAACAGCAUCGUUCUAUGUAACGUACGUUUUUGAAUUAGAAUCAGUUUAAGGUAAAUAGUCGCGCUCAAGAAAAGUUCAAUACCUCCGCCAUAGUUGAGAUUUGAUCAAAUGCGUAGAAGAUUUUGUUAAUGGUAGAGCCUCAUCUUUCAGCAUAGGGUGUCAAUUCAGAGAACAGAUCAGGUUUUUAUGAAAUAAUGAUAAUUGCUAUUUUUUCUACGGUUUUCACGAUAGGGAUACCAAUUGGAUCGAAAAUUUUCUAUGGUUUGUUUGAUAAGCUAUACAUUAUGAUUCCCUGGUCAGUGAAUUGUUUAAAUGAAUGAAAAUUGGAAGUAAUUCCAAUUUUCCGCACAUCGAUUGAGAAUGACUUUAAACUUUGAAUACUAACCUUUUUUAUGUUUUUCCGUUAGUAUAUUUCCACUACGUUUAGUGCCUGUCACCGACCCCAGGGAAGCGACUCCAUCAACUGUUUGCUUCUUAUCAGACUCAACAACUCAUGAGCCGAGGCAGCAGCUUUUACUUCCUUUCCUAAGGAAGCCGUAACAAGAGAUUUUUUGCUUCAGAAAAUUACAACGACGUCAGCUGGGAUUGAACCCAGACCGGUCGGGUUCUGUGGCUGUUACGCUAACCAUACAACCAUUGGCGUCGUCGAAAUACUGUCCCCGAAAAAGGCCAUUUGGAUUAGCCUUGAAAAGCGCAGUGUUUGAAUAAAGGAUUAAUCGUUCUCACGAUGAGUAAACUUUCUACGUCUAGCACUCUGAGCAGAUGCCUCUAGUUCUUCGUUACUGUUGUUAGAGCAUCUGGACAUUAUAUCUGAUGUUUCACUAUGGUUGUGAUCAUUGGAUAUCGUGUGUCGGAUACGAUCUCCUGUUUUUUUGGUUUCCUCUAAGGGAGGUGGGCCUCUUUUCCUUUUAUAUUGUUCCAGCUUUCCUUAGCUCGUGUUUUACGGCUCUUCCUGUUCUUCCUUCCUUCUUCUUCUCAAAGUAUUACACAACCGUUCAACCGUAUUCUAGCUUCUGCUCUAGCGGGGGUGCAGUGUGACUCCUUUCUCCGUAAUAUUUCAAGAAUAUCUUACGAUGUUCACCAGGAAUGAGAGACUAUAUAAGUCUGUAAAGGCUUUGAAAAAUCUAAACCUUUUUGUCAUUGCAAAAAAAAGGAUAUAUCAGAUUUCUUGUAUGUACACUCUUGUCGUCUUUUUGAUUUUUUCGUUUUCAUACUGUCAGGCGGAGAGUGUUUGGGUUUUAUUGAAUCGCAUGUAUGCAUUGUUGUUUUUAUGCGGUUUCAAAGGCAUAAUUAUCUCUACGCUAAAUUGAAAUCCACUAAUUUCUUGUGCGAAUAAAGAAUGGUGACGGGACCUUACGACCAGGGUUACCAUAUCUACAGAAUAAUAUGUAUUUAUACAGAUUUUUCAGACUUUUUGAAACCAAGAAUCUGUAGAUACAGAUUACAGAUUUUUUUUUGAUUGCAUAUUGAUUUACAGAUUUUUCAAAAUAACGAUCCAAUAUUAGUUAUGGCUUGAACUCAAUAAUGUUUUUUUUUCCUAACUCACCAAUUUUAUUCAUAUAGCAUUCGAAUCAGUCUGAAUGAAAGUCAUUUUGGCAUCCAUAUGUAGCUUGUAAUACUGCGAAAAGAUUCAAAAGUCUGCGUCAUCGGUUAGCUUUACAAUAAAUAAAUAACACAGUUUAUCUAAGUUCUACUGAAGCACAGUGAAUGCGAUUUUUUACGUGGAUACCAUCAACAUCGUUAAAUUCAUAAUAAUUAUGUCAACCAAUGAUACUAAAGCUGAAAUUAUGCUUCAAAAUCUUAUAUGAGGGGCUUACAAUGAAAGGGGUGUAAGUGAUUUGAUCGAUUUCUCUACAUCGAGUCUCUCUUUUGGUCAUAACUUAGCUGCCAACUCAUUCCCAGCUGUAUUUGACAAUGUAGGAAGGUAGGUCAUAGCCUCACUUAUCGGAUUCUAUAGCAAACGCAAAUUGGAUCGUUUUUGCAGUUGAGUUAAUAAUCAAAGAAAAAGUUGACGAAAAGAAAAGAUCAAGUCACUUACACCCCUUGCAUUCUAAGCCGCUCAUAUAUAACACAAGGUUUUUCCCGCUCCCGCUUGAUCAUAUAUGUGUCUUCUAUAUAUCAUUGUAUCAUUGUGUCUGUCUCCACUCAAAUUAUAAUGAAAGAAUACUAUAAAGGAUAUUAGAAAAAGUAAAAUUGGAAAAAAUUGGAAAGAUGUCGAUGACAGGAAGAUGUUAUUCAUGCUAAAAAUUUUAGGCUAAAUACAUAGAUAGUGAUUCGUUUAAGGAGGGACCCCGAUCUGGAAGGACGAAAAAAUCGAAUUUUUGUUUUUUGCAUUUUUGCCCUCACAAAUGUUUUCCUAAAAGGGUUUUUCGAUGUUUGAUUUUGUUGGAAAGUAACAUCCAAAAGUAUUAAAUCACUUCAAGUAAUUCUUCGUUGUUUAUAUUAUUGCGAGUACAAUAAGUCGCACCUUAUUGAGGGCACGGGUAUGUAGACACACCAAAGAGCAGAACAAAUGUAUGAGUACAUGGGGAUGCUUUUGGCUGUAGGAAUUCAGUAUGGCUGUAUGGCUGUAGUAUGGCUGUAGGAAUUUUUAAACGCGUUUUUCUCGAAAACAUUUUUUUCAACUGGUGGUAUCGAUAUGUCAAACCCCAAAACCCCUAUGUAUAUAACGCUUUAGGUAUUGUCCUGAUGUUUCAAAAUAUUCAUUGGAAUUCGUUCUGCGACAUCCCGUUCCUUCAGAACCGAUAUCACCAGCAAGGUACCGAUUGUCAGACAGCAUAUACGUAUCCAGCGGUCAACAGCGUUAUAAUCAUUAUUCGUGCGUGCCAAAAAUAGAAAAGAUGUAUUUUCCCUGAGGCAGUAGUCUACUGUAGAAAUUUGAAAAAAAAUAAAUUUGAAAAAAAAACCUUCAUAUUUUUGUAGUUCAGAAUACACUCUAGAAAGGACUUAUCAAAAAUCCUAUUAUUUACCGAGUUAGAGCCAUUUUAAUGAUGCGGUAUCUAACCUGGUACGGCCAUAACAAAGAACUUCAAGCGCGUUUUUCUCGAAACUAGUUUUUUUCAAAGCAUCUGUAUGCAUCUCUCUAUUGCAUGAACCUCUAAAAAACAAUAUUUUUUAAAUUUUACUAUUUUCAAAAAAUCGGGAAACACAAGAAAAAACGUUUUAAACCGCAUUUUGUUUUUCAAACGGCCGUCAAUUUGUCAAACAAGAUGUUUUCGACUUGUCCGAGGUUCAUGCGAUAGCGGCAUCUUUACUGAUUCAGAAUUUUUUCGAUUUUUUUUGUGUCAGAUAUUCAGAAGGGCUGGAAUCGUGUUCGCCAUGGCACAACUUUUUUUUGAACCCUCUCACUUCAUCAGCUCUUAACUAUUCUAGGUAUGAAUAGUUUAUCUCCGUUAUAUUUUUGUUUCAUUGUUAAAGGAUAGACGACCAAACAAUAAUAUAUUGGAUAGUGAAAAUAUUCUUUGUUUUAUUUUUACGGAAGACGAAAAAAGUUCGAAAUUCGCGUCUCUUCACUAGAAUACCCCCUUAAACCUUAAGCAAUAACCAAAAUACCCAAAUACUUCACAUUAUUCCAAACAUCCGAAGAAAAAUCAUAAAAAUUCAUUAUUUUUCGAUAUUCCAGACAGUGGUCCCUCCUUCGGCAGUCAUUUCUUAAUCCAAACCUGGUGAUGCCAACUUGUUCCUGUCUAUGGUGAAUAGUUUUCCUGGUGAAAAAUUUGCCCCAAGAGAUGUUUGUGGAAUCCACUGUCCCAGUUUUUAGUCAACAAGGACCGCGGUUUCUACAAAAGAGGUAUUAUAGCAAGGUACCAUGUCAGCAAUAUGUCAAAUAAAACGGUGCCUAUUCGAUCGAAAUCGGAUAAUUCGAACAAUUCUAAAUAAAAUAUUGAAGGUAACUCAAAACUACGAAUUUCUUUUUUUCUCAGCCCAGUAUUCAUUUUCAAUUGCGUUAGUAAAGCAAAGCAUUUUUUGUAUACUUUUGAAAUCUAUUUUGUGUGUAGUCUGUUCUAUGAUUUAGGCUAUUGAUUUGUCUUAUUUUCUGAACAUUUCGCAACUGUAUAAAUAAUAAAUAAUAAUGCUCAAAAUUGUAACUAUUGUAGUAUUCCAAUACCAUGAUUCAAAACGACCAUGGACCAAAGAUUUUUUUUUAGUACGAGGGCAAAUAUGUAAACUAUUUAAUGUUUGUUUGCUUGUAUCAAUAUUUCGAUAUCAUCGACGUGAAUUUUUGAUAGCCGAAGAUAAAAAGAACAAUGAGCGCCAUAAACUAAAACGAAAUAACCAUUACAGAAUCAGGCGGAUAAUUUCCGGUACUGGGUUUUCUGAUGACAUUUCUUAUCAUACUGUUUACACAGUCUUUACUUCUUGAUUCUUGUUCUUCUUGGAUGGCACUAACAUUCCCAGUAGAACUUUUGCCUUCUCAACGUAGGUCUUAUACUUACGGCAUUUUAAUUGGUAGUACUUAGUUGAGAUUUCUAUGCCGGAUAAUACGCCUUGAAUGUAUUCUGGGGUGGCAAACUCUAGAAUACGCGUGACCACAGUGCAAAUCGGAAGAAAUUUCUUUUGACGUAAAAUUCCCUGGCCAGAACGGGAAUCGAACCCGAACAUGAUAAUGUGGGACACUAUUCAUUCGGCAACGGGAGCACUUCUUGCGAAACACGCAUACAAAAUAGUUCAGUGGCUUAUUGACUAACUUCAACAGAAUGAACAACAUUCUCGAACCCAUUCUACACGAUAUUCCAAGUGAUCCUAUGGGAAAUGUAAUAUACUUGACAUUAAUUUAGUAAAAUGAGUUAAUGAAACCAUUCUUAACACAUAUAAUACAAAUGGCAUAGGAUCGGUAUAGGAAUUAUUAUUGUAUCGAACAUUUUACACUUUGAAAUUGUAGGGAAAGUGCGGGCAAGACGGACACUGGGGGUUAAAAUGGACAUACGGUUGAUCUAUUACAUUUGUGAUGAGUUACAUUGAUGUUCUUUUUAAAUUGUACGUGUUCCUCAAGUCCCCCUGCUUUAACUCAUAUUUAAAUCAUUGUGAAUAUUUCUAGUCAAUCCGGUUACCGAUAAUCAUUUAAAAAACUUAUUUUUGACGUAGGACUACGUCUUUCAUUUCUAUACCGGGGUGUAAAAUCAAAGUUUCGAAAGCGAAAGCGUUACGCCAGAGUCCGAGAUUUUGAGCGUUAAUAGCUCCUAAACAACUGAACGAAAUGGUAUGAUAAACACUUCAUUCGAAAGAUAAAAUAUCUACGCGUUAUAUACUUGUUACUUUUCGAUCCAAGAACUUGUUUCAAUAGCCUUAAAAUUGCUUUCAAAACAGGCGAUUGAAAUCACCAAUCGGUAUAAAACAAGCGCCACUCGGAAAUCCACUCAGUUAUAAUUAAACAGCGAUAGAGGUACCAUCGCAGGAAUGAAUGGAUGUUUCCCUAACACAGACUUCAAAACAAUGGAGCCAGGGGAAAUCGGCAUUGCAAAAUAGGUACAAGCAGCGGGUACUUUUUUACUCAUUUGCGUUUCUGCAAAUCGGAAUGUUUCCCUAACACAAACUUCAAAACCAUGGAGCCAGAGGAAACUGGCAUUGCAAUGUAGAUGCAAGCAGCGGAUACAUUCGUACUAGUUUGCGUUUGCGCAAAUCGGAAUGUUUCCCUAACACAGACUUCAAAACUAAGGAGCCUGGGGAAAUCAGCAUUGCAAAAUAGAUGCAAGCUGCUGGUACUUUUGUAAUCGUUUACGCUUUUACAAAUCGGAAUGUUUCCCUAACACAGAUUUUAAAACCAUGGAGCCUGGAGAAAUCGGCAUUGCAAAAUAAGAUGCAAGCAGCGGGUACUUUUGUACUCGCUUGUAUUUUUGCAAAUCGGAAUGUGUUAAUAAGUUGGGAAAAUCAGCAUUGCAGAUCUUGGCAGUACUUUUAUACUCCCAUGCAUUUUUACAUUGCGGAAUUCGUUUUGCUAACACGGUCUACAAUACAAUACAACUUCUACGCAUACCGUUUGAUGAUUAGGCAAAAUGUUAAUAACUAUUUGCUGCGAUAACUACUACCAAAAUGCAUGAAUUGACCUAAAUUGGGAUUUGUUUGCAAUUGAAUUCGUACAUUGUUUCAUUCAUUUACUAGUUUAAUCAAUCAUUUAAUCAAUACAUACAAAAGAUAGCUCUGCGCAGCAGCGAUAUCGUACCCAAUGAGGAACAUCCGAGGUGCGAUUAUUGCUAAUUGAAAAAACACAAAUGAUUACUAAGCCAACGGCAGUCCUACGUCAACCUUGCGGUUAUAUCAUAGGUAUAACCCAUCCAUAGUUUUGUUUUUUUGACGUAGAUGAUUGUCACUUAUUGGUCCAAAGAAUCGUUUCAAUAGCAUAAACAUUGUUUUGAAAGCAAGCUAUUGAAAUCAUAACAAUAUAGCUAAUUGUUGAUUGGCGAUCGCAAUGUGUUCCCGAACACGGACGCAAAGAGUUGAAUUUUAUGUUAAUAACAAUUCCAUACUUAUACUCAUCCAUCCACACAUUAACAAGAAAAAUUUUCAGCAUUUUUUCAAAAUAUUCAUUCAUUCAUGCAUUAAUAAUUGAUUCAGAUCCAAUUUAAAAUAAACGAUUGCCGCGCCUACGUCUACCCUGCGGUUAUAUAACAGAUAUAACCCACUUCUUGUUUUUUCAACGUGGACUCCUGUAACAAAGUUCUUCUCAUGAAGCAGCAAAACAUCGACACAUAACAAGCGCUUCGACCAGAGAUCUGUUCAUUUUCAUAUCGCCAUCCACAUAUUACAAAGCUAACGCAAACUCAUCAGUAUUACCGUCUAAAGCAAGUGUUCAAAUGUGUUCAGGACAAAACUAAAACAAAUCCAAAAAAAAAAUCAAUCGGCGAACAAUCUCAAUCAAAACAGUUAACGCUUCAGACGGGAAGCCAAUGUCAUUCGUGUGUAUAGGGAAAAACAAUCGUCACCUUACUCAACAUUAAAUCGUCCAGAAGUGUGGAAAUUAAUCGAACAGUACGGGAUCUGGCUCAAUCGGGCACUCCGAUUGUGUAACCUUGGGGUUUCAUUAAGGCAGAGAGCCGAUUUGUUUACAUUUAACAUUUUAACGACGAGCGUAAAUAUUUGAAAAACAUAUGGUAUGGUAAUGGUUGCCCUUGAUGAUGUUUAAAUCGUGUAAUGUUAGAGAAAAUGUGGUGCAUCAAACAGAGUUGUCCCGAAAUACCUUUUAAUUCAUAUGAACGAUUGCUGUAUUUUCUCGAAUCAACCAUACCAAAUACACUAUUGCCCGGAAAUUGCGAUUCUCGAUUCCCCGACAGUAAAUUCAGCAGUUUACAAACAAGAGUUGUCGCGUCAUACACAAACGGACAUGCAUUUGUCUGUCUGUCAACUGCCAACGAUUACACAAUUUGAGAAAAGCUAAUUUGUCACCACCAUGGUGUCGGGAAACCCCAGCAUCAACUUGGUGAACCAGCUGUUGAGAAAGUGCACCCGAAACGACGCCGAGAUGCAAACAAACUCGUGAACCAAAUUCUCUACUGAUCGAAUUAUCACCAUCAGCAUCACCAUUCAUGUCCGCGCGACAAAAAUAAACAUUAGACGCCUAACGGCAGUCGCGUCUAUGCUAUGCGCUCGAAAUCAUACCAUGCCAAAACGAGAGCAAGUAUCAGAACAAUCGACCUAACACGAUGACAAACUGUGGGAACAGACUAUUUUAUUGAACCAUACACAACAAACACUAAAA